CCAAAAUCAUAGAAUUCAUUUUACGCUUGAGAGAAUAUUAUCCACAAAAAAAUAGCAAUUUCUAUUUAAAAAAUGGAAAGAAAGCAAAAGAACCAAAAACUUCGACAGGGCUGUUGCUACUGUAAUUGCUCUUGUUUAGAAAGCAAGGAAAUAUCGCCGCGAAGCUCAAAGGAAGUUAUUCGAGUGCGUCGGGAUACAAGUAGUCCUCAAGAAAGUGAUCGCUAUCAUCAGGAGUAUGAGCAAUAUUGCCCUUGUCAAGCUAGUUAUUGUCCUCAUAAUAUAAUAAGGGCUGAAUACGAUUUGCAGACAGCUCGAAAGAAGGCAACUUUACAGCAGGACCGCAUAAAUAGCAAAACACAUCCUCGCAAGCAAUCGAGUUCUAAAAGGAUGAUAGAAAGCUGUGUCAGAAACUCGCAACAAACUUCUCAAUGCAAUUGGACUACCGAAAAUCCGGAGUCGAAUACCGAAUCUAGACAUGAUUGUCCAUACUGCGCCAGCUUGACUCGUAGAGCAUCUUCCUCCAGUCGCUUUAAUUCUCCUCCGAUUCAAUCUGUCGAAGAUUAUUUUAUACAGAAGCCCAAUAAGCUCCGUUUAACUUCCAGCUCUUCGAUCUCCAAAUCGGGAGGCUUGAAUCCGGUUGUAGUUCGAUUGCGAAACGGCCAGGAGCUCAGGGAAUCUGUUCGCGCCCAGAUUGAAGUGCAGAAUGCCAUCGAUGAAUUCCAGAGUGUUUUGGAAUUGAAACGGAAAAUGCUAAAGAAAUCGUCACCCUGUGAGCGAGCCGUGAUUAAAUGUAGAGAUUGCGAGCGAGAGAAAAUGAAAGUUGUAGAUGAAAGGCAAAGCGAGGAAGAAUCAAAGAAAUCGCCUACAAAACCUGAGAAACAGCGUUCAAGAAGUCUGUCUCCAGAUACCAUCCCAAAUGUGGACAUGCAUAUUAGUGCUGAUGAAAUGGUCCAAGGCAAGGUUUUUAAUCCGAUAAUUCGCAGUUUCCAAGAGAUGUAUCUGAAAACUAAGACGGAGGAAAUUGCGAUUAUGGAGAGUCUGAUUAGGAUGCCAGCAUUGAUCAGUAAAAUCUACAGACAAGCGGCGCUUGCAAGAAAGUAGUGGAGUUCUUUUUUAUAUUUUUACACUUUAACAUUUGGGUUUUUUAUAUUUUGUAAAAUAAAAAAUUGGGGUAACAGGGUGGGAAACAUAAAAA